AUGGUGUUACCUGUACACAAACUCAGUGUUGUUCUCGAGGCUGAUGCAACUGGGGCACUUUACUGCAAGAUUAAUGACAAGCAGCACCCGGAGCACACAUUGUUGUAUAAUGACAAGCAGCACCCGGAGCACACAUUGUUGUAUAAUGACAAGCAGCACCCGGAGCACACAUUGUUGUAUAAUGACAAGCAGCACCCGGAGCACACAUUGUUGUAUAAUGACAAGCAGCACCCGGAGCACACAUUGUUGUAUAAUGACAAGCAGCACCCGGAGCACACAUUGUUGUAUAAUGACAAGCAGCACCCGGAGCACACAUUGUUGUAUAAUGACAAGCAGCACCCGGAGCACACAUUGUUGUACAAGCAGCACCCGGAGCACACAUUGUUGUAUAAUGACAAGCAGCACCCGGAGCACACAUUGUUGUAUAAUGACAAGCAGCACCCGGAGCACACAUUGUUGUAUAAUGACAAGCAGCACCCGGAGCACACAUUGUUGUAUAAUGACAAGCAGCACCCGGAGCACACAUUGUUGUAUAAUGACAAGCAGCACCCGGAGCACACAUUGUUGUAUAAUGACAAGCAGCACCCGGAGCACACAUUGUUGUAUAAUGACAAGCAGCACCCGGAGCACACAUUGUUGUAUAAUGACAAGCAGCACCCGGAGCACACAUUGUUGUAUAAUGACAAGCAGCACCCGGAGCACACAUUGUUGUAUAAUGACAAGCAGCACCCGGAGCACACAUUGUUGUAUAAUGACAAGCAGCACCCGGAGCACACAUUGUUGUAUAAUGACAAGCAGCACCCGGAGCUCACAUUGUUGUAUAAUGACAAGCAGCACCCGGAGCACACAUUGUUGUAUAAUGACAAGCAGCACCCGGAGCACACAUUGUUGUAUAAUGACAAGCAGCACCCGGAGCACACAUUGUUGUAG